AUGUAUCGUAGCCCAAGAGCUAUGUUUUGGCAGAAAAACAUGAAAGAAGAUAUAGCUAAAUAUGUGGAAAAGUACCUAAUAUGUCAACAAAUGAAGCCCAAACAUCAUCGACAAGCAGGAUUGUUGCAGUCGUUGGAAAUUCCAAAAUGGAAAAGGGAACAUGUGACGAUGGACUUUGUUUUAGGUUUUACGAAGUCAGUAAAAGGUCACGAGGCUAUUUGGGUGAUUGUUGAUCGUUUAACCAAGUCAGCCCGUUUCUUACCUGUUCGCAUAACAUUUUCUAUGGACCAAUUUGCACAAUUAUAUGUUAAAGAAGUAAUGAGGCUACAUGGUGCCCCAGUUUCAAUUGUAUUAAAUAAGGACCCAAGCUAUCAUGCCUCUAUCGGCAUGGCACCCUAUGAAGCUUUAUAUGGGAGGAAAUGUAGAUCGCCUAUUCAUUUGGAUGAGGUUAGCAAACGUAUGAUCUUAGGCCCAAAUAUUGUAGAGCAAACAGUACAAGCAAUUGAAAAGAUCAGAGUUAGCAUGAAGAAAGCUCAAGAUAUACAAAAAAAUUAUGUAGAUAAAAGGAGAAAGAACCUGGAAUUUGCGAUCAAAGAUAAAAUACUUUUAAAGGUUACACCCAUGAAGGGAAUACUACGAUUUGGUAAGAGGGGUAAGCUCAGUCCAAGAUAUGUUAAUCCUUAUGAAAUUUUAAAGCGGACUGGAAAUGUUGUAUACCAGUUAGCAUUACCACCGGAGUUUUCAACUGCACACGAUAUCUUUCAUGUAUCAAUGCUCAGAAAGUAUGUUCUGGCCCAACUCAUGUGGUGA